CUCGCGUAAAAUAUCUUCAGAUGAAAAAAGUGCAUCGACAAUGAUUAAAGAUUUGUGUUUUAUUUUAAUUUUCUUUAUAUUGUGGGAUGAAACGUAUUCACAAACAAAUGAAUCACCAACAGACCUUGCAGUAGUCGAGGCUCCCGUGGAGGAAAAAAAUCCUAAAAAUAUAGAUAUUGGUUUAAAUAUUGGAAAUCAAAAUAAAAAUUUAGAACUUCAUUUGGAAAGGUAUGACGAACUGAAUCCAAAUGCCUUUGUGCUUGUUCCAAGAGUUGGACCAGACGGCAAGUCAGUUUUAGUGCGAGAUGAGGUUCCAGCCGAUUCGUCGGUAGCAUUUUACCACGAUCCAAAAAAUGGUGGAGCUUUUCUUAUGAAAUGCGACCAGCAACAAGCGAACGGAGAAUGCACAAAGACAUUGCAAGGAUCUGUAUAUAUAGAGGGAGAAGAAUAUGCAAUGCAACCUUUGGACCAAGGAGCAAGACGCAAGCGACAAGUUGAUAUCAAGGUGGAUAAACGUGGCAAAAAGAAAACAAGAGUUAUGUAUGGGUUGUUCAAGAAGACGAAACCCAACAAACAGAGUGCAAACUGGGAAUUAAACAAGAAAAAUCGAAACUUUAAGAAAGUGUGGGAGAAAGUUAAAAAGGAAAGAACAAGUCAACCAGUGAGAAGUAAAUUUGGAAAACCAUCUGUUGGUAGGAACCGCUUGUCUAGACUUAACUGGGCACGAACCUCAAACAUAGGAGUCCCAGUGUUUACCCCAGCACCUAUUGAUGUGAGCACCCCAAGGCCAGAACGAGUCGAACCCCUUCAGGCCUUUAAGGCUCUUGGUAGCAGAACCAAGCGAAGGCUUGUCGUGGACAUCAAUAAUGCCCCAGUUCUAGGAGAGAGAUUGGCAAACUCAGCCAAGCCUACUGCGUUCGCCACAGCCAGUAGGAAGACGGUUGUCACAACGGUAGUGGACGAGUACAACGUGGGCAUCCUUGUAGGACUGGAUUAUGCUACAUAUGAAAGAUUUUAUAAGAAAGCAACAGGCGCAACCAGUCAAGAACGUGAUAUAAAUACAAAGAAGGACAUGAGACUGUACUUCUCACAAGUGGUUAACGGGAUUGCUCUCCGUUACAAAACCAUUAAGGGAGAUUUCUCAUUAAAUAUUGUGGUCACCGGUUUCAUCAUCGUUGACGUUGCUGAUUAUCCAUGUUUUACGUGUGGAAAAAUAAGAAACACAUUUGAUGACACGCAAAGAGAGUUGACAAAUAUAGAAUCGGCCCUUACAAACAUCACAGAGUUCAGAAGAAAGACAACAUUACCAAACCACGACCACCUUAUGCUUUUCACAGAUUUAGAUCUUUACUACUCUCCGAGCAAAAAUAACUAUCAGACAGAUGUCACAGGGUUUGCUUACGUUGGAGCAUUGUGUACAGAGGCCAGUACAUCAGUAAUUGAAGAUUUUGGAAAUUUUGAGAGUGUUUUUACUGCUGCACAUGAACUGGGUCAUAGUUUGGGAGCACAACACGAUGGUGUAGGAAACGAUUGUGCUGAAAUGGACCAGUACCUACUGACUGCCGUGUCUGGCCAAACGACGGAAACAACGAAACACAAUCCAUGGAGAUUCUCUACUUGUUCUAUUGAUUAUUUCAGGGAAUACAUUGCUAACAUAAGUAAACCUGAUUCUAGAGUUGGUAAUUGUCUUACUGAUGAAGCACUAAUUUAUGAUACCAAGGAAUUCAAUCAAAAUAUUGCCGCACACCCCGGUCAAUUAACAAAUCCCAAUGACCAGUGCAAAGCCAUUGUAGGACCUAAUUCAUAUUAUGGAUGGGGCAAUGUUCUGAAAUCAUUCGCGGAUAUAUGUACUUCAAUGGCUUGUAACACGGGAGAGAGUGAAAAUGCGUUUGUAUUUGGAACUGCAUUUAGGGGGACCUCGUGUGGAGAUAAAAAGUGGUGUCUAGAGGGUCGAUGUGUAAGUGACGCAGAAGCUCCUAGCAAAGAUCCUGACUGUGUGCACGGGGAUUCAAUUAAAACAUUUUCCUUCCUCGAGAAGACGUGCGCUCAGGUUGUAGCAGAAACCCCUUCCCAAUGCUACAAAUCCAACUACAUGACGAGCUGUUGCGAAUCCUGCGGGAAAGCUGCAAACAAAUUAAAACCAGACUGUCCAUUUGGCGACAGAAGUGACUCUUGUUCUAAGAUUCUGACAAACCCCUCUCUGUGUUACGUAGAGGAGAAGGAUUGUUGUGACACUUGUGAUAAAGUGAGCACGGGACCAGAAGGUUGUGAAUAUGGUGAUAAGAUAGACACAUGUGUACCAGAGGAUUGUGGUACAGACGAAGCAUACAGAGAUCAGUGUUGUGAUACGUGUGCUGACUAUGUCCCGCCAAUCAGUACUACACCACCAGUGACAGAACCAACAACAACAACAACAGCAACAACAACAACUACUACUACUACUCAGCCACCACCAACAACUACCCAACCGCCACCUACGACAACAAAGCCACCACCCACAACUACGACUAAACGGACAACUACCACAGAAGCGCCAACCCCGUCACCAAUUGUACAGACAACCACACAAGUACCAACUCCAUCGCCAACAGAACCACCCACGCCGCCUGCUGCAAGUGAACCAACAACACAAACAACAACAGCUGCUCAGCCUGUAACCACAGCAACUACAACACCAACAACAAGGACAACAACAACCGUACCAACCACCACAGCAACUGUAUCACCGUAUCAACAUAUGUGUGUCAACCCUUCAGUUAAGUUUGGAUUUAGAUCCUGUACAGAAGUGGGACAGCAGCUGUAUAUUCCGUGUCAUAAUAACAUGUUUAGAAGAUUAUGCUGUAAAGAAUGUGGAGCAUGUGCGGAUAGACAAGACAAAAAAUGUUGGGAUGUACAACAGAAUCCUGGACAAUGUUUCUACAAAAAUGUCAAGCAAGAUUGUUGCGAGACAUGUACAAAAAUUGCCGAAAAAGGUUGUGUCGAGGAUGCUAACAAAUUCUGUGAAUAUUUUGUCAAGGAAAACCCCAUUUACGUUUGUGAAAAUUACAGAUCAGUAUGUUGUCAAUCAUGUAAACCAUACCCCGUCAACGCUUUGUUUGCGCGUUCUGCCAAAGGAAACACUCAACCUACAAAAAUGCAAACUCAGAUAGACUCAGUCUUGAAAAAAGCAUCUGAUCCUAAUUUUGUGGUAGAUUUAAAUAAAGAACAUUUGAGGGAUGUUCCAGAAGCUCAACAACUUGAGAAGGCAGGAAUAAGGGAAAGGCCAAAGAAACCCGAAAGGAAAAAAUUUCAAUCUAGAGGUUUCUUAAAUCUUAGGAGAACCUCGGGCAAUACUCGAAGGCCCGCCAAUACUCGAGGUCGAGGAUCCGGCAAUACUCGAAUCCGAGGAAAUAUUCGAAGACCACGUCUACAACAAGGGAAUACGCGAAGAAGAUUUAGGGCACCUCGAAGGAACAAUCGAAACCCUCGGCGUAAUGUUGGAUAAAGUGUUGUUUUUUUUAAUUUUAUCUAACAUAAUAAUUUACAUCUUUUGAACUUAAGUGUUGGUCAAUGUAUGUACAGGACUAGUGCAAUAAAAAAAUUCUCUAUA